GGUGGCGGUAGUUGAGAUACACACCUAAGUUAAAUGUUCCCCUUUACAGGACAUGCUUUACAGGUGAUAUCUUUACUACCAAGCUGAAGAUAAUCUGUCCGGUUUGCGAUGGAGUAAAACCUCGGCUGAAGGACCGGAGGAUGCCUUCACUGGAUGCCAAAAGUCCAAAGCCAGGGCCGUCGAGGCAGAUGGAUAUCGAGAAAGCUUACGACUAUCAACUUCCUCGUAGUAGCCACUGGGUAGUUGACGGUCCUUAGUUUACUAAGGGCCAUUAACUAGCUAAUGAUAGUCAGCCGUGCUUUCCAUGCGGUAUGGCUUUAGGGGUAGGGGCAGUAGGAGUCUGUCAGUCAUGGAGUCGUAAACCAGCGAUGCACGUAGCAGCUUGCUGUUAAACGAGUAAGUAGGAACGACGUGACUACGGAACCAGUUUGGUGAUAGUCCAUCCUGCGGAUUCCCAAACCGUGUGCCGUAUGAUCAAGCGGAGAAGAGCCGCUAUAUAAAUAAGAUGAAAUCCCAGAAAAGGCCAGGAGUUAAAUCAGCGGGGGAAUAGGUAGCUGACGAUACUGCAGCGCAGCGGUCUCUUAGGAGAAAGCGAUAAGUGCUAGGCAGUGAAGUCGGCUGCAUAACUAAGCCCCUAAAGCUGAUGUAGAUUCCAAAUGGCAAAAGAAAUAAGUCAAAGAAAGAUUUGAAAGAAGUGAAGUUGAUAAUAUGCCCUAAGUCGAUAAGGCACAACCAUUAGGAGAUCCCUGAAGAGUGAUCAAAAGGUAGGUGUAACAUGAGACAGAUAGGGUCGGGGGGCGCGUAGAGGUAUCUGAUGAUGUGGGUGAUGCCUGUUGAUAGGAUUCAGAUGUGGACUCCCUGCUGAUUCAUGAGUACUCUGCGUGAUAAUUGCUCGUACCCGUCGGAUUGCCAAGCCGUGAACCAAGUGAUCACCUCCUAUCUCUUAAUCGAUCAAUGACCGACCAUGGCUGGAGUUGACCGAGAGUACCGCUUGACGGGAUCUCGGGAUAUACUUCAUAAAGCAAUGGGAUGGUGGUGAUCGAGGAGGAGGAGAAUGAAGGGACCCGAAUGGUUUGGACCGGAAAAUACGAAGGGCAGAAUCAAUCAAAAAGACCUCGGUGGAAGAAAGCGAUAGUAUAGAAAUGCGGAGUUUUGCGCUCUAAUUUCUGAUCGCUGAAUUGCGGGCCGGAGGGCGCGGCGGACCAAUGUGGUCUGCCCGCCAGCCGGUCCGCCUUUUUUUGUGGUUUGAAUGGAGAGUGAGUUGUGCUCUGCCAACCGAGUAAGAGUUAAGAAAGAGUGGAUAUGGUAAUGGCUUAAGUUAAAAAGGGAUGCGAGGAGGAAGGAUGAGCUCAGCAGGAUGGAGCUCAUCCAACCUGUCAGUCGUAACUUCUCGAGAGAGAAGCCGGCGGAUUCAGAAACUUGUAGCAAAUCACUUCUAUUGAUAUGAUGCGUAAACAAGAUCUGAGUCCAAGCGAAGGAAUAUCGCUAUAAAAUUAUUCAACUUGGGAGGCGCUGAACAGGAAUGGACAGCGAAGAGCAUAGCGAACUCUAAGACCUCCUAUAGCGUCGUAACCUGGAAGUUCUCGAGUAGAUAAUGUCGACAACGACCCGUAGUGUGGUGUCGCGGGGAUAGGCCCCUGUGAUACCGGAUUGCGGUAGCCGACGCUAUCCAGGCCGGCAGGAUUGCCUUAGCCAGCCGUCCUAAGUUGAAAUCACAACUAUAAAAAAUUCUCUUGAAGUAGGGUUGCGGGCGUCGCCAAGCGUCAUUCCACGGUAGAGGAGUAGGGUCUACCACUAGAUGCCCGAACUUCUGGAAUAUGGCGCCUCCAGUAGUAUUAGCCUUAUGUCGAAUGGCAAAACGACAUGGACCGGUAUGAGCCAAAUAUUCGUGGGAUUAAAGAUGGAAGAACAAAUACAAACACAAACAAACAUAAAUAUAAGCGGUGAAAUUAAUCAACGAGCGGAUGCGAUGGUUGAAGUGGGCAGAGAACUGAAAAAGUUUCUGCUUGAUGACUCCAAUAAGAUUUCAAAAAUGGCGUCGGCGUUUAUUUUGGAUAAAAUGGCGGUAUAUGAGGGUAUUAUUGUAAAGCUAAUAGCGGAGAGAGCGGAGGCUAGAGGCAGGGCGGAAGAGUGUAGGUCACUCUUUGUAAAAACGAGUCAGGCACCAACGCAGACUAAUGUGGCUGGACCACAGAUAAGUACGGUGCAAAAAGUGAUACAGCCACCAAAGGUAGCGAUUCAAACAUUUGCGGUGGCGGUAAGAGGAGAUGGUGGAGGAAACGCGGAGGACGUAUUGAAAAAGGUUGAGCACAUGAGUAAAGAUUUAAAGGAGGUUAAGGUGAGAACGGUUAGGAAAAUUAGAGAUGGGGUAGUGAUAGAAGCGGCGACAGUAGAAGAUGCGGAAAAUAUAAAAAGGAAGGUGGUUAGAGAGAAAGGUUUGAAGGUUGCGGAAGCGGUGAAAAUGAAACCAAAACUGGUAAUUUUAGACGUACCAAAGGUAAUAAAGGACGAAGAAAUCGUUGAGGAUUUGUUUAAUAAAAAUGAUAUAAAUAAUAUAUCAGUAGAGGAUUUUGCGCGAGAUGUAAAGAUCGAAAAGAGAGUUGUGCGGAAUGAAUUGAGUAAUGUUGUAAUUAAAGUAACGGAGGAAGUAAGCCAGAAAUGGCUUACGAAGGGUUAUGUGUAUAUUGGUUGGCGGUCAUGCAAGAUUAAAGAAAUGGAAUUGGUGAAGCGGUGCUACAAAUGUUGUAGUGUACACCAUAGGGCGGAGCAAUGUCGUGAAAGGAAAUAUGUAUGUAGGAGAUGCGGAGAUAGCUCUCAUGAGGCGAAGAAUUGUAAGAACAGGCCUAGCUGUAAGUCCUGUUACGAAAGGACAGGGAAAGAUGAGGCGCACCCGACGGAUUCGGUGAACUGUCCUGAAUAUAUUAGGAAGGCCGAAUUUUUGAGGAAUAGGGAAACAUAUAAUGUCUAAGAAAAUAAAAAUUAUACAGUUGAAUUGCCAAAGAUCGUAUACGGUUAUGUGUGAAUUAGGGUUAAUAAUGCGGAAAGACGAUAUAUCGAUAGCUAUGGUUCAAGAGCCAUAUAC